AUGAGAGGAAAUAAUACCCAGAUUGACUUCAUCCUGGUGGGAAUUACAGAUAGCUCAUGUGCACAGACCCCUCUUUUUGUCUUGUUUCUAUUGAUUUACAUUGCCACUUUGGUGGGGAAUGUUGGCAUUAUCGUAUUGGUGCGAGUGUCUCCCAGCCUCCACACCCCCAUGUACUUCUUCCUCACCCAUUUUGCCUUCACUGACAUCUGCUAUUCCACAGUCGUCUCCCCCAGGAUGCUGGCAGACCUGUUAUCAGAGGAGAAAACCAUUUCUUUCUCUGCCUGCAUGAUGCAGUUGCAAAGCUUUACACACUUUGCUAUUGUGGAGUGUCACCUGCUGGCCAUGAUGGCCUACGACCGGCACGUUGCUAUCUGCCACCCCCUGCUUUACAUCACUGUCAUCUCCAGCCGUGUCUGCUGGCAGCUGGUAGCAUCAUCCUACCUAUCCGCCUUCCUCAGUGCCAUCAUCUGCACAUGGUGCACGUUUGGAGGUUCCUUCUGUGGUCCCAACCGCAUCGACCACUUCUUCUGCGACACAGUCCCUGUGCUAAAGCUCGUGUGCUCCAACACCCACAGCAGUGAGAUGAUCAUCUUUGCUUUUGUCACCAUCAAUGUGGUGGGUACGAGCGUGAUCAUUUUUCUCUCCUACAUCUCCAUCCUCCGCACAGUGCUGAGGAUGUGCUCAGCACAGAGCAGGGCCAGAGCCUUCCAGACUUGUGCCUCCCAUUUGACAGCUGUUGCCUUGUUAUAUGGGUCAGCAUUCUUCAUGUACCUACAACCUCCAUCUAGCCACAGCAGCCUGGAUAAGCUGGCAUCCAUCUUCUAUGCUGUGGUGAACCCCAUGCUCAACCCAUUCAUCUACAGCCUGAGGAACAAGGAGGUGAAGGAGGCUCUUGUCAAGUGCGGGAGGGGGUUGUUCAACCACUGGCAACAUAAGAGAAUUCUAGCAUCUAGGAAUUGCACGGUUCAUGUCAAGAGAGAAUGCAUAUGGGGCACUAAGACAAUGGGAUUUUCCCCUAAUCCUCAUGAUUUGAUGUAG